ACUCCCUUGUGCCAAAACAGUGUUUUUCCGUAGUUCAUCGUACAUCUGACGAGAUUAUAAAAUUUGCCAAUUUGAGGACCACAUUUUACGAAUGCUUUGAUGAUCCCAUUUAUGGGGAUUACCGCGUCAAGAGCUUUCAACAGAUGGUUAAGCAGAUAAAUAUUCGUAAUUACAUUUAUAGUUGCUCUCAGCUGACUAUCGACAGAAAAGUCGCGCCCAAAAGCAGAGACGCAAAGCCGUGGCGAGCGCGAGAAGCGAGCUGAUCCAUAUCAGGUUGAAUUGUCGCGGUCUGACAAUGCCGAAGGGCAGCCCGUGCCUUUUUGUAGCUUGAAAAGUGAACAUAGUUACAAACAUGGGGAUCAGGUGUCUGAUCAGAACCACAACUUACCAGCUGCUGGGCAUCAGCUUCAUCGUUAUGUUCCUCGGAGUUGCAGUUGCUGCAGUUACCUUAUGGACCUGCUUCAAUGACAAGCUUUAUGUUAUCCGCAAUGUCACAAUUGAAUCAAACCAAUAUGCUAAAAUGCAUGAUCUGGCUGCGCAGACUGGAUUGUCCAUCAGCGUCUUUCUCAUUCUCCUGGGAAUCGUCUGCCUGAUUGGAAUCAUGAGGGAAUCUGAACUCUUGCUCAGUGUGGUGCUGAUUGGUUUUGCUGUGCUAUUCUGUGGAGUGGUACAGCUGGCAUAUUGGAAGUAUGCAUAUAAACAGGCGGUGGAGGAUGCAGCAAAGGAUGUAUAUGACUUUCUAUAUGCUUAUUAUUUGAGAAACAUCUCCUAUCCUUCAAAACAGGAUUUAAUAAGCAUUCACUCCGCUUUUUCUUGCUGUGGUAAAAUCUCAGCAUUCAGCUACCCAAGUAAGGUUGAGAAUGAAACAUGCUUUCCAGAUCGUGGACCUCUAAAGGAUUGUCUUCAAUCAAUAGAGUAUUCAGUCGCCGACAAUAUGACUAUCAUUGGAGUGCUGAAUAUUUUGCUGGGAAUUCUUACGGUUUAUGGAAUGAUCCUGACUGCCUUCUUCUGUUUUGCUGCUUGCUUGAUCCAGAUUUGGAAAAAGAAAGGAAAGUACAGAGUAUCCAAAAAGCAUUGAAUACUGGGCUGGAAUCUGAAGAUAGGAGCCUGUAAAUUGAUCAUUGCAAUAACUGUGAAAGAUACUAUCUCUCAGGGCUUGAUCACCUUUACCCUAGAGCAUGUUGUGAUUUUAUUCUGAGGCAAUGUGUUUACUUCACACUGAUUUGUUGCUGGCAAGCCCCAUGAGGUUCCUCUGCCUCCCUAUUGUACUCUGCCUACAAAUUCUACUUUUAAUGAGUGUAUUGCUUCAUGCUAUUGUAAUCUGAAAGUGGAAUACUGUGAUUUAGUCACUUUAUUGUCAUUCUAUUUCAAAGAAGUGGCUUCAAAAAUUAAAAUAUUUAAAACUCCCAAAAUUCCUGACCACAUUCCAGCAAUAUUGUUAUACAUCAAUGAAUCUUUAUUUUAAAGAGCACUUGCUUCAGUAACUGUUCUGUCUUAAGGAGUUGCCUGGAAUGUUUGAUUUUUAUAACUGCUGGGAUUGUACGGUUGUUGCUUCUUAUAAUAGAUUCUAAGAAUCGUCAGGUUGGUAUCUGAACAAAUUAAGUUCACUUCCAUUUUGACAUGAACCCACCUCGCUCUCAGAUUGCCUUGCUUCAUUCUCACUGACCUUCCCAUCAUAGUGCCUUCAUCAAAUGCCAACCCCCAACCCCAUCUCAUUUAACCUAUAUGUGGGUGGCUCAGGGACCUAAGGCAAGUGUAGCUUCCUCUCAGCUCCAGUGCCCAGGUCCCAGUCCCGAUCUUGUGUGUUGACUGGGUAUAGAGUUUGCACAGUCUCCUUAAUACUGCUUAUGCUUCACUCGGGUGCUCCAGUUUCCUCCCACAUUGCUACAUGUUGGCUGCUAUAAAUUGUCCCUUCUAUUGGUGGGUGGCAAGAGUCACAAAAGGUAGUUCAUGGUUAUGGGAGUGAGAAUAGAGCACAAAAUAAAUAGGGGAAUGGGAUUGUUGGAAGGUUCUGUGAGCUGACAUGGAUCCAAUGGGUUAAAUGUCCUCCUUCGAUGUAACAAAAUACAAAUACAAAUAAGAUGCCGCCCUCGGAUGAUGUGGGCAUCACACCAAGCAGUCAUGUUUCUCUUCUCCUAAUUGAUUGGAGCUCUUGUUUCACACCAUUCCCUCUCCCACAGCAAUCUACAAAUUGACAGUGCUCCUGACCUCAGUUUUAGAUCCUUUCCAUUCCAAAAUUAAAAUGUUUCACUGUUUGGUACCCUCUGGGUGACUCUCACACACAGGCAGCGAGAUGACAUGAUUGACAGAUGAAUAGCCCCAGUGUUUAAUAAACAAUACGGCUUCUGUGCAAUGCUGCCUCCACCAUUGAAAGGAUGAAUUAUGCAAUGUUUUCAGUGCCUUCAGAUGGUCUUUGCUGCAGUGAGAGUCUGUUUGUUACACUCAAAUACUUGGUACUAACGUCUUCUAUCUUGCUGGCGAUGGCUCAGUGGGUCAGUAAUCCAACUGAUGCGGUACUGAGCCAUACAGGCCCCGAAUCUUCUGAAAUUAAUUGUUGCCUUGUACUGUUGGCUGAGUAGAGUUAAGGACAACAGCUGUGGUGGCAUUGUUGACCAUAACUCACUGCACUUGUGCAGCUAAAUUUGAGAUCAGCUUCCUGAAUCUAAUCGUCGUCCAAUGACACCUGCACCAUAUGUGCUUGUAAACAUUACAGGUGCAUCUUGCCUGUGGAAAUUUCUAUCACCAAUGAAAGAGAGAUCGUGCAUGAGAGAUCAUGGCUACAACUUAAUAAAUACAUCAAGCCAACAGUAGUAAUAAUUGUGCAUUUAUACAUAUUGUCCAGUUAAAAUAUAAAAUAGACCAUGACUCUCAUAUAAUCCAAGCUGUGGUCAAUAUUAAAGUGAGGAAAGAAAUUAAUUUAACAUACUGUUCAGAAGUAAUCUCUGAAGCCCUCUCAAGAGCUCACUGGUAUGGAGC